AUGUCUGAGGCCAGAGACGACGAGCCAGUCAGCGAUGACGAACUCGUGGAGAUCGAGCUCGAGCAGCGCCAGCUUGACCUUGAUCGUGAACUCGAGCGGCGACGGCUGGACUUGCACCGGCAGAGGAUUAAGAUCCGCAAGCGUCGUGCGAAACGCGAUGCGCCGGUCGACUUGACCUCAGAUGACGGGGCUGCCCAAGUCAAGACAGAGCCAAGAGAGAGCGAUCGAGCCAAAAGUCAACCAAACUCAACAAGUUGUCUGUUGCCGUGUCCAGUACCCAAUGAGGCGACAGCGACGACGCCGCUUCCUUCAGGUACCCAAACAGCGAGCUAUCCAAAACCGUCAAGUCAGUCCUUUGACACCUCGGAUUGGCUCCUUCGCACAGUUAUGUCGGAUAAUGACACUGUCUCGCAAUUCACUCCACCAGCCACCUACGGUCCCCAAUCGAUCUGGCGGGAGAGCAUCUUUCGCGGCCUGCCUGCAAAUCCUUCGGUGAAGAGAAGCCAUAGCCCUGACAGCAACGCAGCCGUCCUGGCACAUGACACGAAUGACACUAUCGAAGUCAAACAUUCAAAAAUAUGCAUGGCCACAGACCAUAAAUCCAAGAACGCAAAGAACAAAAAGCGAACCAAGACUGCGCCACUUACUGAGCGUCAGCAAUCCGAGAUCAUCAGGAUAUAUGGCGCGCGUCUUGUCCAGUAUCAUAUGCACAAAUUCGACGACCAACUCCCUGCCAGGCUGAUAACAGAGGCUGGAUCUAAGAUUGUUGUUGGACUGGUCGCCAAGAAGUUCAAGACUUUGCAGGAGCUGCAUGACGAGUACGAGAGCAUUCUCACAUCCUCCUGCCAGAGAAACCUGGGAGAGGUUGUGAGGACCGAGCUACAGAAGUUCCGCCGCGCAGCACCAGUCUGGUGGGCGGAAUGCUUAGCGAAGCCCGAGGCGCAGCGGCUGGCAUUCGUCUCAACAGUGUUCAGCGAUGUCAACCAGGGUAAAUAUGAUGCCAGUGCGGCCGGAGAGCCAGAAUUUGACAUCAGUCGGAGAAAGUGA